UCUGCGAAAACAAGGAACAAUUUGGGAAAUCAGAUACAUCAACUGAAAGAAUGAACUAAAUUUCCCCUUCUUUUUCGAUACCCAAGACCGAUCGUGGACUACGAAUACAAACGCAACCCAGUCGAGAGCGACAGCUAUCUACACGCGUCGACUCCACUCGUCGACAGAGGUUCCAAGAUCAAGGCAGAUGUAUUGAUGUUACGUCCAGUACGCAUUUUCGCGUUACCAAAAGAAAAUUCGUAUGCAGAAUGAAUGGUUUUGCUUGAAUUUCUAAUUCAAAAAAAUUAUUUUUGUUUAAGAAUUAGCAUGGAAUUAGGUAGAUGACAAAGAAGUAAACAAUUUUCGUUGAUGAAAUGAUCUAUUCUUGCUAAGCCUAAAUGAUUUUUCUGUAACGAGAAAAGAAAACGAAAAACAAGAAUGUGAUGAUAAAAUAUUUGUUUAUAGUAUACAUUUUUUUCAAUACAAUUUGUGCGUAUUCUGAUGGAGUAAUCUAGAAAGUAUUAAGUAUUGAAAGUGUCCUUUGUAUUUCUUGGGGAUCAUGAUUUGCUGGUUUGGCACUGUUUAUAGGAGUUGAUACAUUCUCUUUUGGAAACUAUUAAUAAAAAGUGCAUUCAGGCUGAAGCUGAAAAGUCUUAGAAUAGGUUUAGUAAAGAGAAAACUUGCAAAAAUUGUAGGGGAUGAAGAUGAUGGGUAGAAGAUCAUGGAUGAUUUUAGAUGAAUUUAUUAAAGUUUAGAUCCAUCUUCUCAAGAAUAAAAAUGUAAUGAUCUUUCUUUAAGCUCUUUCUUCCAAUGAAUGAUGGCAUCAUUAUGGACAUAUGCAAUCCUUCUGGUUUUCUCGAAAAGCAUCAGCUCACAUUCUGGUUCCUUUUCUCCUAAAUCUGAUCUGUCUUAUUCUGAAAAACUGAUCGAAAAUUGGCCGGAAAUGAGAAGAAUUUGUCCAUCUGUUUGCGAAUGUACUAAUUAUGAAUAUAAUUUAAUAAUUGGUUGUAGUUACAAAAAGCUAGACUCUUUUCCUGCUAAUUUGCACUCCUCAGUUUUUUAUUUAAAUUUAGUUGGGAAUAAUAUCUCAAAAUUGUCAUAUAAUGUUAGCUUACAAUCUUUAAAUUCAUUGAAUGUAUCUGAAAACAAAAUUUCAAAUAUAGAUCAUCUGUGGCUCAGUUCUCUGGCACACUUAGAAUAUUUGGAUAUUUCAAAAAACUUUUUGCAUGCAAAAGAAAUUGAAAAUGUAUUUCAGAACAUUUCUUUACAUCAUCUUAAUUUAUCUAAAAACAAAUUAGUUACUAUAACAACCUUAAUGUUUAACCAAAUGAAUUCUUUACAUUCACUUAAUUUGAGUCAGAAUGAAAUUGAAACAAUUAGUUCUAACAGCUUUAUGGAUUUGAAUGAUUUAAGGAUUCUUGAUUUAUUUUCUAAUAAACUAACUGAUUUACAACAUGAAAUUUUCACAAAUUUGGAGCAUUUGCAAACAUUGAUUUUAAAACAUAAUAAUAUUAAAUUAUUGAGAAAUGUGGUAUUCUCUACAUUAAAAAGUCUUCAAUUUCUUGAUUUAAGUAAAAAUAGCAUUGCAUCAGUUGGCCUAUUAUCUUUUAAAGGUCUUACAAAGCUAGAAUAUCUUAAUUUGAGUAGUAAUUACAUUACUUAUUUACAGGAUGGUGUGUUUCGCUCUUUAGAAUCUUUGAAAAUAUUAGAUCUUAGUCAAAACCCGAUUAAUAGUAUUGAUAAAAUUUUUAUUCACACUAAAGGCCUUGAAUUUCUAUACUUGCAAGACUUAACUAGUUUUAAAGAAUUGACACCUUUUAGUUUACUGGGUUUACAUGAGUUGAAGUCCUUAGAUAUAUCAGGAUCUAAAUCAUUAUCUGAGGUCAGUGUAAAGUCAUUUUCUCAUGCACAGAAUCUGAAAUUUUUAGAUUUCAGUCAUACCAAUUUAACCAAUUUAAGAAUGGGUGUCUUUAAUAAUAUGCAUAAAAUCGAAACACUAAAAUUAAAUGGAAAUCCAUGGAAAUGUGAUUGUUAUUUAUAUUGGUUACUUAUUUGGUUAGGAGAACAUACCAGUACACAGUUACUAUCUCCAUCUGAAACUCAUUGCAGUACACCUAUAAAUUUAAAACACCAUGUAUUACUUGAUGCCUUAGACCAUAACAUGGUAUGCACCAAUGCAUCUAUUUACUACUAUACUAAUAAAACUAAAUUUAGGGUAGGGUCUCCUGCUUUAUUAGAGUGCAAAGUAGAAGGUACUCCAUUACCAAGCAUAACAUGGAUAACGCCUACAAAGGAAGCAUUUUAUUGGGAUAGUUUACAAAAUCAAACAAAACAAGCUGGAAGUGUCCACUUUUCAACUGGUUCUCCUCAUCGAUUAGAUUUCCAAAACAUAAGGGAAGAAAAACGAGGUCGUUUUUAUUUAUUACAAAAUGGAAAUUUAGCUAUACAAAAUGUUGAGCGAGGUGAUGGAGGGUUUUAUGUUUGCAAGGCUUCAAAUCCUUUGAGUUAUGCUUCAGUAUCAAUACGUCUUACGUUAGAUUAUGAAUAUCUAGUUCAUAUAAAAAUUGUAAGUGUAUUAGUUGGAAUGGCAACAAGUUUCGGUUUUUUGUUGCUGACUUUGAUUUCUGUUUUAAUUAAAAUGAUAAUGAAGCACUUUGGUAUUAAAUGUCCUUGCUAUAAUGGAAAUGCGUCUCCACGUACUCAGCAAAUCAAAAAGAUACUGGAGAGCAUGGAGCAUUAUAAAAAGCAGCAGUUAGAGAGGCUGCGAGACAACUAUAAUGGACAAGUUCAAAGAAUAAAAGAUAACUGUAUGCAACAAAUGGAACGCUUACGAGAAAGUUAUUCAUCGCAAGCUGAACGUUUGCGCGACAUUAAGGAGUAUGGUACACUUCAAAUAGAUCGAAUACGAGAAAACUACUAUUUUCAAGUUCAACGAGUUCGUGAUUAUAGUGCAGGUCAGAUCGUUAGACUUCGUGAAAAUUAUCUUUUCCAGCGGAAUAGAAUAAGAAAAUUCAGUGCUCACCAUUUAUACAAAUUAAGAGAAAAUUAUAAAGUGCAGCAACAGCACUUAAAUAAAAUUCUUGAAAAUUUAAAUAUUGAAAGCUGCAGAAAUGUUUGUCAUAGAACAGAUUCUAUUAUAUUUGAACCAGAUUUAAAUUUGGGAAAUGUUCUGGUGCCAAAAAUUUGCCUUCAAACUAUUACGAAAGAAACAAGUGAUUCAAAUGAUAAUUCUAGUCAACUUUCAGCAUAUUUCACUCCAGAUGAAGUUGGCUCUGAAAUUUCUGGUCAUGAAAGUGAUGAAUGUGAAAAUUUCGUGAAUAGUACUAUAGUGAAUGCUUCUCAAAAUGAUAUAGCAAUUUGCAUCGAAGACAGUCCAAUAAAUGAUUUGCACAUUCCAGAUGAAUGUGAAAAAGAUCUUAGUUUUGACCAUAAUAUUUAUGAGAGUAGCCAAAAUGCAAAUGAAACGAUAGUUUAGUAUCAUUACAAUAUUUGGCUACAUUUGUUUGUUCAUUUUUUUUGCUCCCUUUUUUGAAAAUGGGCACUGGAUUCUUUUAACAUCUUCCCAUUUUAAAUUUAUAUAUAUAGAUAUAUAUAUAACUUUAAGCAAUAAUACUACUAAUCUGAGGAUAGAUGAGUUAAAACAUCUGAAGUUAUGUGUAUUGCAUUAGUCGCAAACUAUGCAGUUUUCAUUAAACUGCUCAGUACUGGUUUAACUAAGCAAUAUUGCUUAAACUAUGCAAUGUUCAUUAAAUUAUGUAAUUUUGGUGGAACUAAGCAAUAUUGGUUAAGCUAUGCAAUUUUGGUGAAACUAAGCAAUAUUUGUUAAACUAUGCAGUAUUCAUUGAACUAUGCAAUUUUCAUUGAACUUAGCAAUAUUGAUUUAACUAUGCAAUUUUAAUGAAAGCAAUAUUGGUUAAACUAUGCAAUAUUUAUUAAACUAAAACAUAUUUGUUACUCUAUGCAACUUCCAUUAAAUUAAGAUAUAUUUGUUGAACUAUGCAAUUUUUGCUUAAACUAUGCAAUAUUGAUUUUUACUACCACAUCACAACUUAUUUUAUAUUUGUGAUGUAAUAGAAAGUUGUUUAUUCUUACACUAGAAGUUGGUUGUGGCCUUUUAAUUUGAAUAUCAUUUGUAAAAGUGUAUUUGUUCAUAGCUAUCAUAUAAAAUUCAUCAACUAUAUUUGUAAUUUCAUAAAG